AUGAAAACGAGGCGAAGCAACAAGAGCCCAGGUAUUCGCGUAACGGUCGAGGAACGAACCGGAUUCGUCACGAUCGCGGAGCUUGAGGGAGGAACUUCAGCAUGGCAUAGUCCUCUCAACAUCGGUGAUCGGAUCACACAUGUCGGCACGCAGUCGGUGAAGGGGAAGACCAAGAAACAGAUUCACGAGAUGCUGUGCGGAGUCGAAGGCUCUUCGGUGGAAGUGCGUGUUGAUGUGAGGCAGAAAGGGAGCGAGAAUGUCUCAGGGCUGUGCCAGACCCGGAAGAAUGUGCAGAGGGUCGUGAAGCUAGUGAGGGGAGCUGUUGUGCAUGACGAUGCGGCCAACGAGAAAGAAUCUUGCACCCUGCAGGUCCAGGUGAACGAGACGCAGAACUGUUCAGGUUCGCUCAACCUGGGCCUCCUGUGCAUGCCUACCGAGCACAUCAUCUACAUCUUCAAGCUUCAGAAGUCCGGGUUCAGCUGGGAGGUCCAGAAGCGUUUCUCUGACUUCCUCGCGUUUGACACGAAGCUGAGGGCGAAGUUUGGCAACAAGAAGCUGGACUUGUUGCUGGCCGAGAGCAAACUACCUGGGAAAGCGUUUCUUGACAAGGCCUCUCAAGGGCUGAUCACGAAGCGCAAGAGGCGUCUGGAAGAGUACAUUCUAGCGCUUGCAAGCCAUCGAGCGAUCUCUCGAGACGAUUUGUUCAUGAACUUCCUACAGUUUCCAGACGAUCUUUACUCUCCCCAACCUGCAACCAGCGCAGGACAAGACCUUCAGAGCUGGGAGCAGGAAAGUUGGGACGAGGAGAUUGAAGGAGAUCCGUCGGCUGGGAGCAAGGGGCAGGGGGACGGGGCUCAGGGAAAGCGAGUGAGGGAGGUGAGGGCGGAGGUGGUGGACUUGGACUCUCUUGGAAAUCGUUUCGACAUCUUUUCGCACGUCACCAUCCGCAACGCAGCGGAGAUGCUGGAGAAGGCAAGUGCGAGCCAGGUGCAACAUGAGAUCUUUGGGCACUGCAAGAUCUUCAUCCUCGACCACUUUGAAGCUGUCUCGCGCAGCGAGGGCUUUCUCUUUCUCCCUGAAAAUCUGCUGAAGGAGAUCCUGGCCAGCGACAAGCUCCGAGCCAAGGAGGAGAUCGUGUAUGAGUCCGUGCUGAGCUGGAUGCAGGCGCAGAAGAGGAGGGAGGGAAACAACCCCAGGAGAGGGGACGCGGCGUACUCAUCGAGAGCGCAUGACGACUUGCUGCGUCUCGUCCGGUUUCCUCUCAUGCCGUCCGAGACUCUCGUCCUCCGCGUCCUCCAUGGCAAGGAAGCAGAAACAUUGAGUCUCCUGCGCGACCUGGCGACUGAGGCCGUCACCUUGCAGGCCGUCCCUGCGCACCUGAGAGAUCGAGUCAAGCUCAAGUUUCUCACCCCCUCGCAGUGCAUGCGGAGGACACCAAAGAUCUCUCUCGAGAAGCUCGCAGCUGGCCCCUCCGGUCCUCCUUCCCAUCCCUCCAGCGCCAGACCCGCCGUCAAUGCUGUCGACCACAGCUCCCAACAUGCUGGCUCAAUGAGCGAGAGGAUCGUGGGUGAGCAGAGGAGGAGGAGGAGGAAGAUGGGAAAACUGGCGAUGGAGGUGGUCAAGAAGGACCUCGUCGCUCAUAUCGUGUCUGUAGGUAACAAGUCCCUUCUUGACGAUCAGCGGACUCAGGGGCCGACCUCCUCCUCUGCUUCUCAUGCGAACGCAUUUUAUGGCCGCUCGAAGACAAAAGAAGUGACCAGGAUGGUGACAGACAGAGAGCAGCCGAGUGUGCGAGGCGGAAAGGAAGAGAAGGCGGAAGUGCAGACGCAGCACGAUGGCUCAGUCGGACAAGAGACCAUCAAGAAGAAGCUGGUGUCGCUGCAAACACUUUCCGAGCGCAACGACCUGUACCUCAAGCGGCUAGUGGAGAGCGGGCUGGUCGACGACUCGCAUCCGUCGCUGUCAACCAGGAGGCUCUUCCAUGAAACUCGGCAGGGCGAGCAGCAGGAGGCGAGUGGAGGAAGAGCGAGGCUGUCGGAGGACGUCGCGCAGUCGCUCAUCGACCUUGAUCUGAUCCACAAGCACCGGCACCGGCCCGAGGACACGAGGCUGCCGAGGAGCACUCCAGCCAAGACGGUCAACCUCAUGUGGGAGGGGGAUGAGAAGCUCUUUGACGAGAGUGAAGACUCAAGAGCAGCAGUGAGUCGUUCUUACACAUGA